GUGCGAGGAAGGAGAGACGGAGUCACGAAGAUCUCCUCUCCCAGCCGUCUGGGAGCAUGAGGCGCUUUCAGCUGCUGAGGAAGUUUCCUUUCUUCUGGUCACAGAGAGCCGGUGCUCAGGACGGAGAAACCCGCUUACUUAUACCAAAGGGAGAGAGCGAUGAUGGUCCGACGACAGGUGCCUCUGUGUACCAGGGGACCGAAACCAGGGAGUCCGACAGACCAGUCGAGGCUGAGGGCGAGAAGGAGAGGCCGCCUGGUGGUGCGGCGGACGCACCUGCGUCCCUACCUCGCACGCCCCCCAACACCCUCGGCGACUACAUCCUCAAGCUUGUCCUGCUCACCUGCAACCUGGUGUUCACGGCCUUCGGCCUGGCGUUGCUCGGCCUGGGCCUGUGGGGCCUCGUCAACAAGGAGUCCUUCGCCCAGGAGCGCAUCGGCCAGAUCGGCACCGACCCCAUGCUGCUGUUCGUGCUGCUGGGCCUGCUGCUGUCGCUGCUGUGCGUGACGGGCUGCGUGGGCGCGCUGCGCGAGAACUACUGCCUGCUGCGCAUCUUCUCGGUCAUGGUGCUCACCAUGGUGGCGGCGCAGGUGCUGGCCGCCAUCCUGGCCUACAGCCUGCAGGACAAGAUCGUGGGCGUGCUGCGCUCCGGCAUGCUGAUGGCCAUGGUGCGCUACCAGGACGACCUGGACAUGAGGUUCAUCACCGACGAGAUCCAGACGGGCCUGCAGUGCUGUGGGGCAGACAACUACAGGGACUGGGAGGUCAAUGUGUACUUUAACUGCUCAGCCCCCGGUAUGCAGGCGUGUGGAGUCCCAGCCUCCUGUUGCCUGGACCCCCUGGAGAACGGCACCGUGUGGAACUCACAGUGUGGCUUUCGGGCCCAGGAGCUGGGUGAGUUCACAGCCCAGAGCGUCAUCUUCCUCGGGGGCUGCCUGGGCGCCAUGGCCCGCUGGAUCGAGCAGCACAAUGGACUCAUCGGCACAGUGGCCGUGGCGUUGCUCCUCGUCCAGAUCCUCGUGCUGUUCGUCACCACGAGGCUAAUGGAUAAGAUACACUGGCACAGGGCAGUGAGUCAACACUAUGCACAGGCCUCCAGGACAUGAGGGCUGAGCCAGAUGUGCAGCAUGGACACUUACAGUCACAGUCAGACACAAGUAUAAACAUUAGUGCACACACACACACACACACACACACACACACACACACACACACACACACACACACACACACACCAAACCACACAGCAAACAGCCCUACCACCUUCCCACAGGAUGCAGCUGGGAUGCUGAGCUGUCUACAUGCUGCAGUGUAUAUAAUUAAUUUUUAACCAUUCUUCACGGUCAUAUUUGUUUGUCACUGUGAUUUAUCCUCAU